CGUCACCAAUGUGAGAAAUAACCUUACAAACAAACAAAGGCUCGUUCAUCACGAGUGUUUACAGUUGGUGGGUCAAAACUCAAGAUUAUGCAAACCUUCAUCACUGGAGCGAUUUCUCAUCUCUAACAUUGUAGGGUUUUAAAAAGUCACAUAUAAGACCUUUUUUUCUCAAAUGAAAUCAGAAAUAUUUGGGGAAAUCUCUGAUAAAAGCAGUUUUUUUUUAAACCCCCUGUUGGCCUUGUAACCAUAGAAGAGUGACACCACUUGAGUUCAUUUGAAUGGAUUCAUGACUCAGCCUCUCCAGAACCCCAGAACCUCCCCCUCUGCAUGUGUUUAUGUUAGGUUUUCUGCCUCAGCAUCUUUCUCACAGAUCAAGAUGGCUCUUUUUUCUUUUUUUGAGGUAGGGAUGUUUUCUGUUUUGGCAUCCAUUUGACUUUUUCUCAAGCUGCUGCAGAUGAAACCGCAGAAAAAGGGAAAAUUCUCCAUCCCACUUUUGCAGUCAUCACCAUGUGACUAGGGUUGGGGGGGGGGGGCGGGGGCGUGUUUUUAGGCUCUGAGUUCCUGCGUGGCCCGACACAGGUGAACAUUCUGUGCUCCGUGCAGGUGUAACAGGUGAUCCGCCCCUCCCUUUCUCUCUCUCUCUCUUUCAUUGGGCUCCAGCUCCAUGGUGAAGUGCUGCUCUGGCCACGCCCACCUCUCAUCCUCCCUCCCUGUUUCCUUAAACCAGGCGGCAGGCUUUAAAUAAGUGCAGUUUGCCGGAAAAAGUCUACGAGCGCUUGUCCUACAGAGGUCCAAAGCCACACAGCCGAGCAGCCUCCGGACAAUAUUGUGAUAAUAAUCCUCCACUUUUGUGAGAUUUUUAACCUCUGUGACCAGAGCAGAAACUCCACAGCCUCUCAUCUUUGUUUCAGGUGAGACAAAACUUCUACAAAGAUGGGGUGUUUUGGUUUCCUCAAGACCAUGAUGUUCAUCUUUAACGGCAUCAUCUUCCUUGCAGGUGCCGCCAUCCUUGGAGUUGGGAUCUGGGUGAAAGUGGACAAAAACUCCAUCCUUAGUUUCCUCACAAAGGUCCAAAACGGUUCGUCAGAUCUGAAUCAAGCCCUCAACGUGGGGUACUUGCUGAUCGCUAUAGGCGGCGUGCUGGUCCUCAUUGGCUUCCUGGGCUGCUGUGGAGCCUCCAAGGAGAGCAAGUGCAUGCUGCUGCUGUUUUUCAUCAUCAUCCUCCUGGUCUUCAUCGCAGAGGUUGCAGGAGCCAUCGUGGUUCUGGCCUUCAGACCGACGGUGGAUAAGGCGUUAGAACAAGUGGGCAAGGACUUGGUCAGCAACAUCAAGAAGGACUACGGGAAAAACGUUGACGUGACAGGACUGUGGAACUCCACCAUGAGCACGCUACAUUGUUGUGGGUUCAACAACUUCACCGACUUCACAAACUCAACUUAUUACAAAGGAAACAACAACAGUUACCCGCCACAGUGCUGCUGGCAGACGGAACAACCAUGCAACCAAACCAUGGCUGAACAAAAAAAAGUGUUAGGCUGCCUCCCACGGUUCAAGGAGCAGAUUGAUAAGAACGCAGUAGUUAUUAUCGGGGUGGCUUUGGGGAUAGCAGCUCUGGAGAUAUGUGCCAUGGUGGUCUCCAUGUUCCUGUACUGCAGAAUCAAGUCCAUGGUCGCCUAACGGCUCAGAUGCUCCCGUCGCCUCCUGCAGUGCCUUUUUUGAAGUCUCGUGCAAUCAAGUAUCUAAGAAUGAUUUAACAACUUUAUGACAAAAUCAAAGAAAUCUAUUAAAUACAUUUAAAUGAAUGAAGCUCAGUUAUUUAUUACUUGUGGUGGCAGGUUAGUAGCGUCCAUGUGUACCCAGACCUGCGUCUCCAUAGCAACUUCUAAAUCAGAGUCCAUCUGACCCUUAUUGUAGAGAUUUAAUCCAUAGAUAAAUGUGGAAAAACAAGUAAUUAAUUUAAAAAAAAGGAAAAAAAA